AUGCCUCCCUUGCGGCGAUGGCGCCCGCUUCUCCUCCUCGUGGCCUUGUGGCUCCUUGCCAUGUACUGGAUGUUUGGCAUCGACGACGAGAUGCCCCUAGCACACUCCCCGGGCUCCCACACAGUCCCCGGCCAAGAGCCGCAGUCGGGGCACCACAACGUGGCGCCCGUCAGUGACGCCCACAGGGGCGCCGCAGAAAACGGAGGCGAGAUGGAUGCUGAGCGCUGGCGGAAGCUGCCCGACCUGUUCCCGGUCGGGGGGGAGCUGCGGGCGCUUCCGGAGGUGAAGGCGGGCCGGAGCAGCAUCCCCAAGAUCCAGGCCGCGACUCCGCAGGAGUCAGACGCCGCGCGAAAGCAAAGGCUAGAAAGACAAAAGGCCGUCAAGGACAGUUUCCUGCACAGCUGGGCGGGCUACAAGAAGUAUGCGUGGAUGUCGGACGAGGUGACGCCGCUGGGCGGCAAACCCAAGAACCCUUUUGGUGGUUGGGCGGCGACGCUGGUGGAUGCGCUGGACACGCUCUGGAUCAUGGGGCUCGAAGACGAGUUCCAAGCCGCCGUGGAGGCGGCGGAGACCAUCGAUUUCUCCAGGUCGGACUCCGACCUGGUGAAUGUCUUUGAGACCACGAUAAGAUACCUCGGUGGCUUCCUGGCCGCGUAUGAGCUCAGCGGGAAGAAGUACGAGGGCCUGCUGAGGAAGGCGGUGGAGGUGGGCGAGCUGGUGAUUUAUAUGACCGGCCAUGUACAAAGGCACCCUAGGACCGUGCUGGUAUCGGAGCUGGGGUCACUGUCACUCGAGUUUACUAAACUUUCGCAGCUGACGGGAGACAUGAAAUACUACGACGCCGUACAGAGGAUCUCGGACGAGUUCGAAAAGGGCCAGGACACCACGAAGCUGCCGGGCAUGUGGCCGGUUCAAAUCGACUCAUCUGGGCCAAGGUUCACGACCGACAAUGCCUUCACCCUAGGCGGCAUGUCAGAUUCUCUUUACGAGUACUUCCCCAAGCAGUACCUCAUCCUCGGCGGCGCACUUGACCAGCCCAAGAAGAUGUACGAGAAAUUCAUUGGUGUUGCACAGAAGCACCUUAUGCGUCGUGCUACCAACCCGGAGGACAUCCCGAUAGUUAUCCCGGGUGACGCCAUGGUGAGAACCGUGGAUGGCGAGAUAACCGCGGUGAACAGUCCGAAAGGCCAACACCUGACAUGUUUCGCCGGCGGGAUGGUUGGCAUUGCGUCGAAAAUCUUCGGCAGGCCCAGCGAGCUGGAUCUCGCAGUGCAGCUCACGGACGGAUGCGUCUGGGCGUACGGGGCGACUGCCACUGGAAUCAUGCCCGAGAUAUUUGGGUUUAUCCCGUGCGGGGACGUCAAGGAGAGCCAGACUGGUCCGGAGUGCAAGUACAGCGACGUCAAAUGGCGCACCGCUGUCAGGAACCAGUACCUCGGGGUCAACAGCGGCAAGGACCCCAUGGGCAGCGAGGUUGACAAGAUGAUCAACAGCCAGAACCUGACUCCUGGGAUCCUGGCGCUCCACGACAAGAAGUACAUACUCCGGCCAGAAGCCAUCGAGAGCGUCUUCAUCAUGUACCGGCUCACGGGCGAUAGCGCGUGGAUGGACAAGGCGUGGACAAUGUUCCACAACAUCGAGCGGCUCACCAGGACCAAGAUAGGGGCCGCGAGCCUCAGGGACGUGUCGAGGGAGGAUCCGGGGCAGGUGGACUCGAUGGAGAGCUUCUGGCUCGCCGAGACGCUGAAGUACUUCUACCUGGUGUUUGCCGACUUCGACACCGUGGACCUCGAUACGUGGGUGUUGAACACGGAGGCGCAUCCUUUGCAUCGGCCGGAUGUGAAAUGA